UCUGCUGAUGACAGAGGGAUUGCUGGGAUUCAGCCCUCUGCCUGCUCCUCAGGGCUCUCCCUCUUGCAAGUCCACUCAUCCUUACUAACAGGGGGAUUAUUAACGUUUUCUUUUUAACCUGCAUUUGAAUGUGUUCACUUCAAUUUCCCCCAAUUUGCGCAUCACCCGGCGGUCGCUCCAUUACAGCAGCGUUGGAGCUCCAUUGAGCGGAGUUGAGAAGGGAGAGGAUAAGGAAGAUUUGGAAGAAUUAAGAGAAAUAAGAAACAAUGGGUGUGCAAAAAGAAGAUGUGGAGAAGUUCCUCAAAGACAACCCUGCUUUUGCUACGAAGUACUUUGCCAAAUCACUGAGCCCUUCUUCCAUAUCGAAGAUAUCGGGACUCCCAGAGAAAGAGAUUGACUUUGGGAAGCUAGAGGAGCUUUCUCGGGUUGAGGAAAGCCGAAUAAUGUUUGACCUGAUCAAAGACAUGCAAGAGAACAUCAACAUGGAGAAGGUGGUCUUCAAGAUCCUGAAGAGGCUGGCAGCUCUCAUUCACUCCGACCGCUGCAGCCUCUUCAUGUACCGGCAGCGCAACGGCAUCGGAGAGCUCGCCACGAGGCUCUUCAACGUCUCGGCGGAUUCAGUCCUGGACGACUGUGUGGUUCCACCGGACUCUGAGAUCGUCUACCCUCUGGACUUGGGAAUAGUCGGCAACGUGGCCCUUACCAAGAAGAGUGUCAACGUGAAAGAUGUCAAAGAGAGCCAGCACUUCAGCUCGUUCGUCGAUGAACUCACAGAAUAUGAGACCAGGAACGUGCUGGCAGCACCCAUCCUCAACGGCAAAGACCUGGUGGGAGUGAUCAUGGCCCUGAACAAGACCACAGGACCACAUUUCACAGCCCAGGACGAAGAUCUCUUCUUGAAGUACCUGAAAAUUGCUUCUCUGAACCUUAAGAUCUUUCACCUAAGUUACCUCCACAACUGCGAGACACGUAAAGGACAGUUGCUGCUGUGGUCGGCCAACAAGGUGUUUGAGGAGCUGACGGACAUCGAGCGACAGUUUCACAAAGCCUUGUACACUGUGCGGGCCUACCUCAACUGUGACCGUUAUUCUGUGGGUUUAUUGGACAUGACAAAGGAAAAGGAGUUCUUUGAUAUCUGGCCUGUGUUGAUGGGAGAGCAGCCACCUUACAGCGGCCCUGUAACUCCUGAUGGCAGGGAGGUAAUUUUCUACAAGGUGAUUGACUACAUCUUGCACGGAAAGGAAGACAUCAAAGUAAUACCUACCCCACCUGCAGACCACUGGGCCUUGGCCAGCGGCCUUCCCACUUAUGUUGCUGAGAGUGGAUUUAUUUGUAACAUCAUGAAUGCAGCCGCUGAUGAGACAUUUCACUUCCAGACAGAGCCGCUGGACAGCAGUGGCUGGACCAUAAAAAAUGUUCUCUCGCUUCCGAUUGUCAACAAGAAAGAAGAAAUAGUCGGGGUGGCGACUUUUUACAACAGGAAGGAUGGGAAGCCUUUUGAUGAUCAUGAUGAAAAUCUCAUGGAGGCUUUGACUCAGUUCCUGGGAUGGUCAGUUCUGAACACAGACACGUACGACAAGAUGAACAGGAUGGAGAACCGAAAGGACAUCGCUCAAGACAUGGUGCUCUACCACGUCAAAUGUCGAAACGAUGAGAUUCAGAAUGUCCUGAACACAAGAGAGUUGCACAACUGUGAACCCUGUGAGUGUGAAGAAGAGGAUCUUCUUGACAUUCUGAAAAAAGAACUGCCGCCUCUUAUCAAGAAGUUUGAGAUCUACGAGUUCCGCUUCUCGGAUUUUAAUUGCACAGAGCUGGAGCUGGUGAAGUGUGGGAUCCAGAUGUACUACGAAGUCGGUGUAGUGAAGAAGUUCCAGAUCCCUCAAGAAGUGCUGGUCCGUUUCAUGUACUCAGUCAGUAAAGGCUACAGAAAGAUCACCUAUCACAACUGGCGUCACGGCUUCAACGUGGGACAGACCAUGUUCACAUUGUUAACGACAGGACAUCUGAAGCGAUACUACACAGACCUAGAGGUUAUGGCUAUGAUUACUGCUGGGUUUCUGCAUGAUAUUGACCACAGGGGAACCAACAACUUGUACCAAGUCAAAUCUGGCAACCCUCUGGCCAAGUUACACGGCUCCUCCAUCAUGGAACGACACCAUCUGGAGUUUGGAAAGUUUCUCCUCGCCGACGAGUCGCUGAACAUCUACCAGAACCUGAACAGGCGGCAGGUAGAUCAUGUGAUUCACCUGACAGACAUUGCCAUCAUCGCCACCGACCUGGCUCUUUAUUUCAAGAAGAGAACAAUGUUCCAAAAGAUCGUGGACCUUUCAAAAACGUACGAAGACGAAAAGAAAUGGGUGGAUUUCAUGUCUCUGGAAACAACCAGAAAAGAGAUCGUCAUGGCCAUGAUGAUGACAGCAUGUGACUUGUCUGCCAUCACAAAGCCCUGGGAAGUGCAGAGCAAGGUUGCCUUGUUGGUGGCGGCGGAGUUUUGGGAGCAGGGUGAUUUGGAGAGGACAGUGCUGGAACAGCAACCUAUUCCCAUGAUGGAUAGGAACAAAUCAGCAGACCUUCCAAAGCUACAGUGUGGUUUCAUCGACUUUGUCUGCACCUUUGUCUACAAGGAGUUUUCUCGCUUCCACCCUCAAAUCCAGCCCAUGUUGGAUGGCAUACUUAACAACAGGAAAGAAUGGAACGCAAAAAAGGAGGAGUAUGAGGCUACACUGAAAGCCAUAGAGGAAGAGAACGCCGCAAAAGAGGCUGCUAAGGCAGCAAAAGCAGCUGCAAACAACGCGGGUGGUGGAGGCUCCAAGACCUGCUCCGUCUGCUAAGAGACAGUAAAGAAAUAGGAAAUUCAUUCUGAAAAACUAUAGUGAACAUAUCAGACUGAUUGGCGAGUCAAAACUGUUACA